CGUCCACACGUCCUCCAGGCCUGUGACUGCACGUCGCACCCCAAACCACCUCGUCGAGCGCCCGUGGACACAGACGGUGCCGAGCCAUCUCGCCGCCGCCAGGAGCUUCGCUGAGCUGCCACCCGCUGUCGGCUCGACCCCGACUGUUUGUUGUCUGCCCCGCCGCCUGUUCACGCACACACACCGCCUCAACCCACGAGUGCGCCCGGGUCUCCACGCAAAGAAUUGAGCCUUGAGAGCUGCCGAGGAUCUGCACGCACGAUGAGCAACGCCGACUUCCUGGGCCGCGCCAUCGACACGGUGAAGAAGGCCAUCGAGACGGACACAGCAGGCGAAUAUGAGAAGGCAUACCAGCUGUACUACAGCGCCCUCGAGCUGUUCAUGCUCGCCCUAAAAUGGGAGAAGAACCAGAAGUCAAAGGAGAUGAUACGGGGCAAGGUCGCCGAGUACAUGGAGCGCGCCGAGAAGCUCAAGACACACCUGAACCAGAGCGACGACGCGAAUCGCAAGAAGCCCGCCGCCAUGGGCUCAAACGGCAAGGCAGCAGGAGGCAGCGGCAAGGGCGGCGGCGACGAUGAGGAAGAACAGGACGCCGACAGCAAGAAGCUCCGCGGCGCGCUCGCGGGCGCCAUCCUCACCGAAACCCCCAACAUUCGCUGGGAAGACGUUGCGGGCCUCGAGCAGGCGAAGGAGUCCCUCAAAGAGGCCGUCAUAUUACCCAUCAAGUUCCCACAUCUCUUCACCGGCAAGCGGCAACCCUGGAAAGGCAUAUUACUCUACGGCCCGCCCGGCACGGGUAAGAGUUACCUCGCGAAAGCCGUCGCGACCGAGGCGAACAGCACCUUCUUCAGCGUGUCAAGUUCGGAUCUCGUCAGCAAGUGGAUGGGAGAAUCAGAACGGUUGGUCAAACAGCUCUUCAACAUGGCUCGCGAGAACAAGCCCUCCAUCAUCUUCAUCGACGAAAUCGACGCACUCUGCGGCCCCCGCGGCGAAGGCGAGUCCGAAGCCUCGCGACGCAUCAAGACCGAGCUCCUCGUCCAAAUGGACGGCGUGGGCAAGGACUCGCGCGGCGUCCUCAUCCUCGGCGCGACAAACAUCCCCUGGCAGCUCGACGCCGCCAUCCGCCGCCGCUUCCAGCGCCGCGUGCACAUCUCCCUGCCCGACCUCCCGGCCCGCAUGAAGAUGUUUGAGCUAGCCGUGGGGAGCACCCCGUGCGAGCUGACGCAAGCGGACCUUAGGAAGCUGGCGGAGCUGAGCGAGGGGUACUCUGGCAGCGAUAUUAGCAUUGCGGUGCAGGAUGCGCUGAUGCAGCCCGUUCGCCUCAUUCAGACAGCCACACACUACAAACCCGCUUCCAUAGUCGACGGCCUGCAGCAAUGGACGCCCUGCUCCCCCGGCGACCCAGAUGCAAAGGAAAUGUCCUGGACCGACCUCGACGGCGCGCAGCUCGCCGAGCCCCCGCUGCGCUGCAAGGAUUUCAUCAAGGCCAUCAAGGCGAGCAGGCCGACGGUUAGCAAGGAGGACCUCACGCGGAAUGCGGAGUGGACCAAGGAGUUUGGUAGCGAGGGGGCGUGAGCUGUCCAUGGACGUGGAGGGUUUCGAGGCGUUUCUUGUGCAUAAGCGAUUUUGCUUUCUUUCUUGGAAACGAACCGAGUAUGGAGGAAGGGACUACCCGGCGUUGAGUUGAUUCCACACGGUGUUUUGAGCAGAUUUAAACGCAUACAAUACAUACUGGACA